GCGAUAUUUAAAAUGUUUUUAACGAACGUUUUAUUAAAAAGGGCUAAGAGCAAAUCUGUUAUGGUACUCAUGGAAAGUGUAGUUACAGGUCAUAAAUUUGUUUGGAUAAGGGAAAGACUCGCUGACAAACUAGAAAUGUUAAGAAUAGAUCCUUACAUAAAACAAGAAUGCAUAUAUAAAGAAAUUAAAAAAGUGAGAAGUGUAUAAAUCUAUCAUAAAUAUAGUUUGAUCGUAAUGUAAAU